UCAUACUUAAGAAAUCGUCCAAUAAGAUCAGUCUUCAAGUAAAACCGGAAAGUAAAAACAUGUCUUUCGCAUCGCAACUGCAAAGCAUAUUGCAAAAACUAUUGAUUAAUGAUGCUGAUCGUGCACCUUAUACAGCUGAUGCGAUCUCCAUAUGCAAUGAGCUUAUGGACGAUUUGAAGAAAGAGGAUGAUCACUUCCGUAAAGCCUUUGACGGUCUAAGUUUAUCGGGCAGCUAUUUGGAUCGUGUGAAACUAAAGACGCCCGAUGAAUUUGAUAUGCAUUUAAAAUUGAAGCUACCAUUCCAAGUGACUCCAGUACGGGAUUCUCAACGUUCCGGUUUUGUUUUUCUACGUUAUACCGGGGGUUCCCACCCAGCAGUAGUUGAUGGUUACGUUAACCGCAAGUCUCUACAGGACUGGAUACGUAAUGCAUUUCACAAGGUAUUCGAAAGUUAUAACCAAAUCAAGAAAGGAGGAGAAACGUAUAAGCUUACCUAUACGUUACAAGGACAUGGUUGUUCUCAUACUAUAGAAGCCCAGAGUCCAUCUAAAUUUAUAUCAUUUGAUUUUGUACCUGUGUUUGAGUUUACCCAUAGCCAAUGGCCAUUGCCAGAUCCUGCUUCAGUUUCCCAUAAUGUGCGACAAAAUUGGAACUGGUUUGCGGUGCCACAGCAAAAGAGACCAGCAGAUGAUCGGACCUUUAUGGUCUGUGCUCCCCACUGGGAGCGUGAAAUGAUGAAGGGAAAUUAUAACUUGAAAAAUAUUCUACGUUUGAUGAAGGGGAUGCGCGACAAACAUAUCAGGGAGAUGCCACAUUUGUCCAGUUAUAUGCUCAAAACUGUCAUUCUUCUGCAGCUGGAAAAGCGUCCAGACACCUACUGGCAAAAGGAUCUAGCCACACUUUUUGUGGAUAUGUGGACCCGUUUGGUACAACAUUUUCGUGAUAAUAAUCUUCCAUUUUUCUUGGCCCAUGAUUGCAAUCAUUUCGAUCGAUUGAAGCGGGACGACUUUCUUAAAUGCAAGGAAACGGCUGAAAUAUUAUACCACAAGAUAAACUUGACAAGAAAUGAAUCCAAGUUUUAUCUGGAUCAACUUUUUUUCUAAUACAAACUAAUUGACAAAUAUUUUACAUUUUUUGUAUACAAUUUACGCAAUAAAGUCAAACUCUUAUAAUAUACUCGUA